AUGGGUGCGACGGCUGGACCUCCACGACUUCUGCAAACGGACGAAGUGGUCACCACCUGCUACAAGUGGCUUCGGGCGGUUCCUCCCAAGGCCUUCACUGGUCCUCACAUGGAUCGCGCCUACGUGGGCGCUGGCCCGCGGCUCACGGCCUGGAUACCGUUGGGCGAUGUGAGGUGUGGCCAGGAGGAGCUGGGAGCGCUUUGUUGGGUGCCUGGGUCCCAUCGUGAUCCCGAAAUCACCGAGAGGUUCAAGGAUUACGACCGCGCGGGGUCCGACGGAGAGAGGAGCGGAUGGUUGGCCUCUGAUCCCGCUGCCCUGGCGCUGCCCAGCGGAUGUCAUUGGGAGAGCACCCACUUUGAUGCUGGGGACGUUGCCGUGUUCGGCAUGGAUUUGCUGCACACCACCUUGCCCAAUGGCCAAAACUCCUUCCGCUUGAGCUGCGACACACGCUGGCAGCCGCUGGAUGCUCCACCCCCACCGCCCGGAGUGAUCACCGGCCCCUGGAAAACUGCAGCUCUGUCGCACCCUUGGUGUUGCUUCGCCAUGGCGUUGCUUCGCCUCCUUGCUUUGCUGCGACUCAUUCCACUGGCGUGUUCUGGCAGCUGUGCAGCUCAAAGAGGAGCAGCAGCACGGGCGUGGGACAGCAUUGAGCCGGAAUGUAGAGACAAAUUGGAGAAGAACCGCACGGCCGCAGCCCUGCGGUGCUUGGAGGGCCAUUUCUGGGAGGCGCGCGGCCCCGGCCAGCGCGCCGGGGACUUCUUCACCACGCUGCGGAAGCUCCGGCAUGAUGCGGAGAUGUUCACUUACCUGGAACAGGAAGGAAAGGUCACCGCCGAGGUGAAAAAGCUCUUCAGAGGUGUGUUCCAUUCGGCCAAGAAGCAGCAUGAGGACCCUGACAAGGUCUUCGAGUUGGCGUUCCAAGAGGACACAGCUGAUCGAAAGCUUUGGCAGAAAGCGAACAACAAGGCCGUUUACUGGGAUCCUGCAGGCCACGAGUUGCCUGCAAGGACCCUCCGUGCCAAGCCUGCUGCGCUGAAGGGCCUGGAGGACAGCUUUGUGGCGACCGGUCGUGCAGUGAGCGACAAGUUCUUAACAGACAAGACCUUGCGGCAGCUGAAGCGCUUCCUGCAGGCUUCCACGUUCUACUUCUACCCGCGGAAGGGUGCUCAUUUGUUAGCGCUGCUCGAGGAUGGCUUAGCCUCGCCCAUUUUGGCACAAGUCGUCGAUGGCUUGAGACACUCGGGCGCUGCCUGGGCUACUACCAACGCAUCUGCCGCUGCAGGGGCUGCGCGUCUGGAAGGCGGACAAUUCAGCACUCCCACGCCCGCCUGCGGACGGGCCGGAGCUGGAACCUGGAGGCGCGGUGAAUCUGCUGCUGUGGCUGGUGCCCAGCUCGGCGUUGCACGGCUCCGCCGCGGACGCCCUGCAACUCUUCAACGCCACGGACGCCGCGGAGCGCGGACCCGUUGCCGCGCCGGUGGCGAGCAUCCGCUAUGCGGCGAACCGGGCGGUUUUUUUGGCGGGAAGAUCUACGUGCUGUGUGGUCUGGGCCAUCUUGGAAGUCAGGCUUCUUGCAGAGACUAGGUCUCCACCUCCUCUUCACCUUUGGCCUGGCUCAAUGUGAAGCGUGAUCCGUUCACGUCCAGCGCCACCCAAAAAGGGCGAGUCGAGGGGAGCACCGAGUCUGCCAGGCA